AUGGCAACAGCGGCGGUGAGGACGAGUCCCACCUGCCGAAAGGCCUGCCCUUUUCUUCCCGCCGCCACCAAGUCCCAAGCUCCUUCUCCCUCCUUGGUGAAUCUUUCCCCUUCGGCGGCCAUUCUGGGCGGCGCUGGCCUCGCUCUCGCGGUGGCCGCCUCCGCCUGCGUGUUGCCGCCGGCGGCAGUGGCGGCGGAUUUCCUCUCCCUGCAAGAGCCUGAAAACGCCCUUUCCUUGCCGACGUGGGCAGUUCACGUGUCCAGCGUCGUCGAAUGGUAUUUGCCCAACUCUUCCACCUCAUCACCCCACCCCCAUCAUCUUCUGAAACGAUCCAUUGCCUGCAUCUGAAGGGUGACGGCCAUGGUCUUGGUCUGGGAGUACGGAGAUAAGCCCGGGUAUGAGUCCUGGAAGGGUCUCUCAUGGGGAAUGGUAGGCCUCUCGAUCUUCCUCUGAUUUCCCUUUCCUUAAAUAUCCCAUAUGCUGAUAACUUGCUUUCGUCUGGACUUGAGAAAUGAGCAUCUUGGUCUUACAGAGCUUAGAAGAAUAAUUUGUUCCAUAAUCUCAUGAUGCAUGGGCGGAGAUUUCUUGAGGAGACGCUCGAGAUGUCAGAUUAAGGCAUCUAGCUUGAUUUUUCGUCGUAAUUUCCCCUAUUUUAUGGUGCAUUUGUGUCUAUGUCUCAUGAACAGCUCUCUUGGGCCUUGGCAUUGUGAUGGAUUUAGGCCAGAGAAAAUAGCUAUGUUUGAGGAACUGGUGACCGGAAAUAAAGAUAUUUCUGGUUGAUUCCGAUUCUGGACUGGUGGAUGCAAGUUUUUUCUGGAGCAGAAUAUCACUAGCUGCUGUCAUUUUCGGAAACAUUUUAUGGAAUAUGAUCAAAUUAUCUGUCGGGGCAAAAAUCAGUCGUCAUAGAUGGAUGCUAUCUGCCUUCCAGUGUUCGCCUAGCUUUCUGAGUGAAGAAAAGAAAAGUUGGGUAAAGUUCUCUCUCUCUCUCUCUCUCUCUCUCUCUCCCUCCUCUCUCUCUCGCCUGUUCUUCGUGUUCUCUGCUGAUGGGCUUCUAUGUCUCUCUCUCUCCCUAAGUUUGAGCAAGGCCCUUCUGAUUCUAGAGAGAGAGAGCCUGAGAGGAAUAGAAGCCCAUCAGCAUAGAACACAAAGAACAGGCGACACAGAGACAGAGACAGAGAGAGAGAGAGAGAGAGCUAUUUUUCAUGAGAGACCCUGUGUCCGUGAGUUUAGGAAAACUUUAUCAGUUUUCCAUUCAUCAUUGAUGUGAUAUCUGCAGUUAUUUGAUGCAGGAGAAAAAGAGAAAAAGUUGACUCUAGAACCCCAUAAUAUUUCUGAUCCCCACGAUAUUUACUAGAAAGCAGAGUACUCUGUUCUUUAUUUGACCCUUCUUAAUCCAUUCGUGUAGGUACCUCUAUUGGGUGGUGCUCUCUGUGCGUGCACUUGGCAUUUCUUCUAUAAUUCAGAGUCUCUCGAGGUCACUAAUACCUUCUCUUCUCUUUUUUUUUUUCUGCAUCUCAUCUGAAAUUGAAUAUUUUCCUAGUUAUCAUAGUUUUUUGCUUGAUGAGUGGUCCACCCACUCACCGGCCAAACUGUGUGGGGGUAAAGUUCUCAUCUUGCGCUGUUGAAGAUCUGGGGCUUCUUCUGGGGGAGAGAGAAAAUCAGCUUUUCUUGGACAAAAGCUGAAAGCGAGAUGGACAUUUUUUUUUCUAAACUAUUUAGAGUAAUCAAUGAAUUCCUUCCAAAGUCUCUUCAGAAUUUUCGGUUCACAUUAGACCAGGGAUUUGCCGAAUGGUCCCAUGCCCCCCCUUCUCUGUUUUCAAAGAAGAGAGAACUCUCUCUCUCUCUCUCUCUCUCUCUCUCUCUCUCUCUCUCUCUCUCUCUCUCUCUCUCUCUCUCUCUCUCUCUCUCUCUCUCUCUCUCUCUCUCUAAUAUUAGCAUGCUUUCAAAUCUUCCAGGGAAGAUAGAGGGAUUUGGCAAAUUGUGCCAUUCCCCCCUUCUCUGUUUUCAAAGAAAAGGAAACCCUCUCUCUCUCUCUCUAACAUUAGCAUGCUUACAAAUCUUCCGAAGGAGGGAGAGGGAUUUGCCAAAUUGUGCCAUUCCCCCCUUCUCUGUUUUCAAAGAAGAGAGAACUCUCUCUCUCUCUUCUCUCUCUCUAACAGUAUGAUGCUUAAAAAUCUGAACGGCAUCUUAUCCAUUAGGCCAUUCUUGGGGGGGAGUGGUUAUAUUCGGCUUGGGGCUCAUGCGGUGUAAUCCCAGCUGGUGUUUUCUGUAGAUUCUGGUGGCCCUGCAGGCAGCUUUGACGGUCAUCGGCAACUUCACCAUGUGCAUUGCUGCAUAUCGCAUUUACCGAUCGUCUCACCGAAGCUCGGAGGGAUCUUAG